UUGACAUUUCAAGCACUCCCUUCAAACCCACGUCUCUCUCUCUCUCUCUCUCUCUCUCUCUCCCUGCGCUCCUUUGAUAUUGUCAUAUUGAUACAUUCCCUUUCCAUCAUUUGCAAAUUCCCUGAAGGAACCCACAGUCCCAUCACACAGACAAAACCCAGAAAGAAAAACGAUGUCGUUUAACCAGCAACAGCCAGAGGAGGACGACGAAGAGGCCCUGGAACAGACCCUCCUUGUGGUCCGCGAGGUCGCCGUAUACAAAAUCCCUCCCCGCCCCACCUCCGGCGGGUACAAGUGCGGCGAGUGGCUCCAGUCCGAUAAGAUCUGGUCCGGCAGGCUACGGGUCGUAUCAUGCAAAACCCGGUGCGAGAUCCGGCUCGAGGACCCGGCCUCCGGGGACCUCUUCGCCGCCUGUUUCGUGCAGCCGGGCCAGCCCCGCGAGAGCGCCGUGGAGACCGUAUUGGACUCGUCGCGCUACUUCGUGCUCCGGAUCGAGGACGGCCGGGGCAAGCACGCCUUCGUGGGGCUCGGCUUCGCGGAGCGCAACGAGGCGUUCGACUUCAAUGUCGCGCUCUCCGACCAUGAGAAGUACGUGAGGAGGGAGCACGAGAAGAGGGAGGGUGGCGGUGGUGGUGGGGAGGCCGAUGAUAGAGAUAACCAAAUUGAUAUUCAUCCCGCUGUGAAUCAUAGAUUGAAGGAAGGUGAAACGAUCCGGAUAAGUGUGAAGCCCAAAUCAUCUGGUGGAACUGGUAUGCUCUCAGCUGCUGGUCUAGCAGGAGGGCUUUCUGGAACUGCAAAGCCUAAAGCUUUGAGCCUUGCCCCGCCACCCAGUGGGGCAGGAAAAAUCAGGUCUCCACUCCCUCCUCCUCCAAAUGAUCACGUGCCUGCUCGGAUGACCUCUGCCAGCCACCAUGGUGAUGGUCUCAAGGGGCCUAAGGAAAAUGUGAGGCAUUCUAAUGACCCUUUGUCAGACCUUUCUCCACUUGAGAGAAAUCUUCCUUCAGCAACUGGAUCAGGAUCGGCGAAGACCACUGCUUCAGGAUGGGCAGCUUUUUGAUUGUGUGAGCAUUUAUUAAUUGUGAUUGAGAUCUUUGUUUGAUGUGUUCUUCAGAAGAAGUAUUUAAAAGGGAAAAAAGAAAAAAAUAACAAAGAGAACGAGAAAAGUAGAAAGCACAAGGUACCUAAUUCUUCCAUAUCUGGAAAAUAAUAUUUCCUGGAAAUAUAUCUGUAUGCCUCUUUUGUCCUGCUUGAGCUUGUAAGUUCUUAACUUUAUAUAAUAUAGAGAUUUAUUUUUCUUCUA